UCUUUGAUUCUUUGCUCUGAUACCGCUCUCGAAACCCUGGGAAAGACCUGGAUUGGAUUUCAGUAAAAAUGUAUAAUACCGUGCUGGAAACAAAUACGUCUGGCGCUGCAGAUGAACUGAGCAGUCACUGAGCAGAAGCUUUUGAACCCAAGACAGUUACGUUUGCUUUGGGCAUAGGACUGAUCUUAUGGAAUUUUAAAUGUGCAGUCUGGAACCCAGUGCACACAGCUUUACAGAGGGUUGGCAGGAAAUAUGGGAUGUAUAAAAUCAAAAAGGAAAGAGAAUCUGCAUGGAGAUGGGCUAGAUUUGAAGAAUCAACCAGUACGUAAAACUGAACGAACUAUUUAUGUGAGGGAUCCAACGUCCAAUAAACAGCAAAGGCCAGCAAAUCAAGAAGCACAGCUCUUACCAGGACAGAGGUUUGUCAGUGAAGAACCAGAGGAGCAUGGAGUCAUUGUGGUAGCUUUGUAUCCCUAUGAUGGAAUUCACGAAGAUGACUUGUCCUUCAAAAAAGGAGAAAAAUUGAAAGUUAUUGAGGAGCUGGGAGAAUGGUGGCGAGCAAAAUCUCUCACGACGAGGAAGGAAGGCUUCAUUCCCAGCAACUACGUAGCAAAAGUAAACACCUUGGAAACAGAAGAAUGGUUCUUCAAAGACAUCACCCGAAAAGACGCGGAAAGACAACUCCUGGCUCCGGGUAAUAGUCCUGGAGCUUUCCUUAUCAGGGAAAGUGAAACAUUAAAAGGCAGCUAUUCUCUCUCCAUAAGAGACUAUGAUCCACAGCAUGGCGAUGUCAUUAAGCACUACAAAAUUAGGAGUCUAGACAAUGGAGGAUUUUACAUCUCUCCAAGAAUAACUUUUCCCAGCAUCAAUGAUAUGAUCAAACAUUAUCAAAAGCAAUCGGAUGGCUUAUGCAGAAAGCUGGAAAAAGCUUGUAUUAGUCCCAAGCCUCAAAAACCAUGGGAUAAAGAUGCAUGGGAAAUUCCACGGGAAUCAAUUAAAUUAGUGAAGAAACUUGGAGCCGGUCAGUUUGGAGAAGUCUGGAUGGGUUACUAUCAUAAUAGUACGAAAGUGGCUGUGAAGACUCUGAAGCCUGGAACGAUGUCUGUGCAAGCUUUCCUGGAGGAAGCCAACCUCAUGAAAACACUUCAGCAUGAUAAGCUCGUUAGGCUUUAUGCUGUAGUGACCAAAGAAGAACCCAUAUAUAUUAUAACGGAAUUCAUGGCUAAAGGAAGCUUGCUCGAUUUUCUGAAGAGUGAUGAGGGAAGUAAAUUGUUGCUUCCAAAGCUAAUUGACUUCUCUGCUCAGAUUGCAGAAGGAAUGGCAUACAUAGAAAGAAAAAAUUAUAUCCAUCGAGAUUUGAGAGCAGCAAAUGUUCUGGUUUCAGACUUACUGAUGUGCAAAAUUGCUGAUUUUGGACUAGCAAGAGUCAUUGAAGACAACGAAUAUACAGCAAGGGAAGGUGCAAAAUUCCCUAUUAAAUGGACAGCACCGGAGGCAAUUAACUAUGGAUCUUUCACUAUUAAAUCUGAUGUGUGGUCAUUUGGGAUUCUCCUGUAUGAAAUCGUUACAUAUGGAAAGAUUCCUUAUCCAGGUAUGAGCAAUUCAGAUGUGAUGGUGGCUCUUCAGCGCGGGUACCGAAUGCCACGUAUGGAAACCUGUCCAGCUGAGCUUUACGAUAUUAUGAAAACAUGCUGGAAAGACAAAGCAGAAGAGAGGCCAACAUUUGAUUAUCUACAGAGUGUGCUUGAUGACUUCUACACAGCAACAGAGGGGCAGUAUCAACAACAGCCAUAGAACAGGUUUUUUUCUAUUGACAUGGAUCAUUGGCACAGACAAUUAUUUGGACAGACUGCUCAAACCAAUUACUCCAUGAGUUUGGACGUCUUAACUGAGUGGCAAAGUUGAAAUGCCGAAGGAAAGAGUACUACUGCAGAGAAAUAAUCAUGUUUUUCUUUUGUUAAAACAGUUCCUCUAAAGAUUGAAGUCCUCCUUAAAUGCUAUGUUUUGCAUCUGCAGAAACAUCCCAAACCAAGCAGGCUUUUUGGGGUGGGGAGGGAGAAGGAAGGAAAGCAAUCGUGCACCAGUACUGUUUGACAACACUUUCUUAAAAUUUAAGUCAUGGAAUACAUUACAAGACCUUUAUAAAAGGGGCAAGAAGAUGCAUGAACAGCUGCUUUCAAAAGAAAAAGUCAUGAAGGAAAACUUAUGGAUUUAAGACAUAGUGAUGGUCUUAUAUCAUCUUUUUGAUAUAAAGCAUAUUGUGAAAAGUAUUUUUAUAUCCAUGUUAUUUCACAUUAGUAGUUGGAGUACUGUCACCUCUUGUAAGACUCUCUAAACAGUGUCAUGGUUUCCUUUAAGGAAGGGUUAUGUAUGUAAUUCUUUACACUGAAGAUGAUUCUGUUUUACUGCUGUAUUACUCAAAUGUGAAAUAAUUUUCAAAGCAUCACCCAGCCAUCACAGAUGCAGAAGUGCAAUAGGACCACACACAACAGCAGAAGCGGCAGUACACCUAGCUCUGUAUUUCAACCUUCACUUUCCCACAAGGCCAAAGUCAUCAUCUGAAGUCCCUGGGAAAGCACAGGAUUUUGAAGGAAGUUAAUGCUUUCAUUGCAGUCACCGAGACUGUUAGCAGUGAAAAUAUUUUAAUCUCAAUUUUUAAUCCUCUGUGAUUAUUCAAGAAUAUUCCUUAUAUUUUUGCUGCUUUAAUCAACUAACCUCAAAUCUGUUUUAAAGCUGAAACUAGCUCUAGCACUAUCAAAAACAAUUUGUGGAAAUAUACAAUAGGAUAUCAAGUUACAUUGCAGUGACACUAGAGGUUUGUUGCUCAGUAUAUAAAUCUAAUUCAUAAAAGUCUUGCAUUUUGCUAAGAUCUACAUAUUGAAUUGUUCUAUCAAGUUACUUACCAAAACAGCUGAGCUAGUACAAUUGCAAUGUAACUACAGCAUAGAUUACUUUUUUUCUCCUUCAAAGUGACACCGGUUCUUACAACUGAAACCCAGUACAUCUUUGCCACCCCUCAACCCAAUUAUUUAGGCAAAUGGUACUUUGCAGAAGCUUAAAACCCUUUUGAUAAAGCUUCAGUGUGCCUGCAGUUGAAGUUCAGCAGCAUAAAUAUUAAUUGCUUUUCCUUUCCAUUGGCUUCCUUCAGUCAAACUGUGCAGUUUAAGCAGACUAUCAGUUAAAUAUGUAAAUAGUUUCUAUUGUAUGGUGAUUUUUAAUUUUAAUAAACACUUAAUCUGAA